CGACUGCAGUUAUUACAUAAUGAUUAAUGCAUAUGGAUUUUGACAUGGAUAUAGACAUAGUAACGCUAUGAGGCACUCAGGCCUUUCAACAUUUUAGAGGCAUGGAACAACUUCAACAUAGCGACGAUACAAAGAGUGGCUCGGGAAAUCAUGCAACAAGUCAUUUAGAAGAAACAUCAGGAGAGCAAGGCAAGAAUAAACCAGACAAACAUUUACACGAGACUACUUCGCAGGUAAGCAACUACUUCGCAGGUAAGCGAAUAAUGGUGCAUGGUAGCUACUCAAAUGGAUGGAGAUUUCGAGAAAUUUAGACGAAAACAUCUGGAAAUGCAGCCAAAGGCAUCGGGCUAUUAUAGCGACGUGAAAUUAUAGCGACCUAACAUGCGGAAAUGGGCUAGAUUGUGGAACGAUCUUCCUCCACGUAUUAAGGCGUGUAUAAUUCGAUAUCUAUUUUUAGUUGGAACUACUUAUUUUAUAUAAAUCGAAGCUAACAACUUAUUAUCCACCAGAAUAGCUUGUAGAGAAUAUUUUAGUCACUAACUUAUAUAUUUGGGGUUAGAAUAUAUUUGGGUUUCAAUUCAUGGUAGGUGAAUUCUGUUUCAAACCCCUUACAAAUCCUAACUGUUAUUACUUUUGUUCUCUGUAUACUUUUUAUGUCAAGUAAUGUAAUGUAGUGUAUAUAAGAAAUGUGACAGAUUCAUUGAAUUAAACAAGAUUGAAACCGGCAUCCCCGUGAUUUCGGUACAGAGUUCCUAUUCAGCCCUUGAAAGUGACGUCACGACACAUAAUUGGACCCAAUUCUUUGACUUCUACCAUUUUGGGUACACGGUGUCAAUUAGACGUUAAAAUUUCACAGGUUUACCCUGGUAGACAUGGUGAUCGUUUUUCAGAAAGGUAAUUUUCUUGUGGACUUAGAUAGCGUGACGUAAUAAUCCAGCGUUACUGCAAAUCCGGAGUAUGGUCAGACGUUUUACAGAAAUAUAUUUAUAUAGUAUAUGUCAUAACACCAGCGUAUAAGAAAACGGCUAAAACCGUAGCUCCCCCUUCUAUUAAGCAAAACAAAGAAGUUCCCGGAUGCUUAAUGGAGGUUGUACUGUACAUGAAAAACACUUGCCUUCGGCUACGCUUGAUUUCGCUCCGAUUUAUAUAUGUGCAACUUUCAUUUGUUCAGGAAAAUCUGUCAGAAAUCCGUGAAGCGUUCAACGUAUUUGACAAGGAUGGAAAUGGUUACAUCACCGCCUCUGAACUGAGACAUUUUUUAUCUUCCCUUGGUUAUAAUAUGACUGAAGCAGAACUCAUGGACAUGAUGAAUAAAAUAGGUAAUGGCAAGCUUAGAGCUUUUAAAUAGGUGCACGCGUAUAAAGAGUACCUUACAUUGAUUGAGUUGAUUAAAAUGUGUUGUCGUGUGAAGCAAUAUGAUAAAGCAUACAGGAUAAAUACUGAAGUAGUCAUAGGAGUGGAGUCUUACAGGAUUAAAAACAAAUUUCCUACUCCAGGCUUAUAUUUUUUAUAUUUGAACAGUCCGCUGUAAUUUAUAGGUAAAUAUGUCGAGGUUGUUAUACAACCAUAUUUUCAAAUGUACUGUACUUUAACAAGCAAAUUUACUGUACUUUGCUACAGCAACUGUCCAGUCACGCAUACGUGAUAAAAAGUCGAUACAAAGUUUGUAUUAUAAACUUUAUAAACAAAAGAUAAUCUAAAACGUAACAGAACGGCGAACAUGCAGAUUUGGCCAUCUCAAAUUAUGGAAAUGUUGGGAUAGUAGCGUUGCAGACUGCAGAGGCGAGUGGGUAGUAAGGCUCUCGUGCACCCCGUAGAAAAUCUGCACCCCUCUUUGCAGAUGAGGCUAGAUCCGCCCCUGAACGAGCACAGAAACGUCUUAAUUCAGUAGUUCUUUACUCCAUUCUUAAAUAGAUGCAGAUGGUAAUGGUGCAAUAGAUUUCCCUGAAUUCUUAGAGCUUACUACUAAGAAACUCCACGUGCUUUCAGAGGAAGAGUUGGCACGACAGACAUUUAGCGUGUUUGACCGGACACAGAAAGGCCAUAUCUCCAUGAAUGAUUUAAGGCAUGUAUUUAUGACAUUAGAACAAACAUUUAGUGAGCACGAAAUACAGGAUAUGUUGCUUCAAGCUGAUUUUGAUCAAGAUGGAAGGGUGAACUUUAAAGAUUUUCUCAAAAUGAUGACUGAAACCUCAGGAAGAUGAUGUUGUUGCCCUAGCUCGCAAGUAAAAUGGAGAUAAACACUCGCAUCUCCCCUACGCGGACAUCCUCAGGACCAAGUCAUAGUGUCCGCUAACAGGAGGUGUCCGUUUGUACUAUAUCAUAUUUGUACUGUAGUUUGCAACCAAACUAACGACACAUUUUUGCCUUCCUUCAUCGCGUUAGUCCUAUAUUGUGUAUCCUAUACCAAACAAUGUUGUUAAUCCUAUAAUCCACUUAGGGGAGGUGUCCGCAAGGAGAGGUUCGACUGUAAUAAAAACAUGUUAGAUGCAGUGGACCCCCCCCCCCCCCCCCCGACGAAAUACGAUCCUCUCUUACUUAUAUACAGUCGCUUAAACUAAACUCAAAAAAACACUGUAUACUGAGAAACGUAACUCAUGUUUAGAUGUUGAUAGACCAAGGACUUGGAAAACAUUUUGUUCUAAAUAUCGUUCGUGUUCUUUUUUUAAAUUGUUCUUCGUAAAAGUACAUGUUUAGCGAAUUUUAUGUUCGUAUAUAAUGAUGUGUAAUCCGUAAAUAUGUUAGUUUAAAUAGUUUUAUAAUGUACACUUAAUUUAAGAUUUUAUUUCUUCUGUUGUCUGAG